AUGUCCUCGCGACUCCCGGACCGCUCAGGCCCGCGGCGCAGCCGAUCGCGAUCUCCAUCGUCCUGGCGUCAACCCCAGAGUCGCCCCCGCAACGAACGAGACUAUCGCGACCGACCGGACUCGGAUCGGAGAUGGGAUAAUGGGAACUCGCGCGACUCACAGCCGUCUCGUAAUAUGCGCGAUCAAGUCCGACUCAAUCAGCUCCAAGAGGACGAACAGGCGCGUGAGUGGGUAGCGCAGGAGGAUAUCUUUGUGCUGAAGCAGGCCAAAAAGAAGGCGGAGAUCAGAGUGAAGGAAGGGCGCGCAAAGCCAAUUGACUGGCUGACGGUCACACUACGUGUCAUCGAUCCUACACGCGAUCCCUUGGACGAUGAGAUUGCGGACUCCGAGCUCGAUGUGGUAGACCCGGAUGGUGUGUUUGAGGGUCUGUCGCAGUCACAGCUGGAGGAACUGGAGCAUGAUAUCGAGACGUUUUUGAAGUUGGAGUCGAAUGCGCAGAAUCGGGAUUUCUGGCAGACGAUGAAGAUUAUCUGCCGAGACCGACAAAAAGCCUCUGCCCCUCAUGGGCGAGCCCUCAACUCCGUGGCCGCCGAUAUCAACAGACUUCUCAGCCCGAAAACCUACGAACAGCUCCAGACGCUGGAAAUCCAAGUCAAGAGGAAAUUGAACUCCAAUGAGCCCAUCGAUACAGAUUACUGGGAAGAACUUCUGCGCAGCUUGACGGUUUGGAAGGCCCGAGCAAGACUGAGAAAUGUAUAUCAAGCUGUGAUCGACGAGCGUGUUCGCGAUCUACGGAAGCAGCAGAAAGAGGAGGCCGAAUCUAUUCGCGAAAAGCUCGCUCCUCUUGCGCCAACAGUAUCUGGAGACGAUCGGCCGCAGGUUUCUAUGGAUUCCAUCGAGUUCAAGGGCUUGGAUCCCGAUCCAUUGCUGCAGGUGCGGCAGGAAGACAAGGGUCUGGAAAUUAUGGACGAGUCCGUAUUUCUUCGUCAAGUGGCUCGUGAACGCCAAAAGAUUCUUCGCAUGGGAUAUGUCCCGCUCCGACAGCGAGGUGCCGAAAAGCCGACCGCGGUCGUCGCCAGCACGUCCACCAACAUGGCUACACCAGGGGUGCCCGGUCGCUUCUCUUCGAUUCCCAACGAUGAUUUUUCUCAAGCAACCAAGGCCCUCUACGAACGGGAAUUGGCCAAGGGAAUUAGUGAAAACGAAGAGAUCUUCACCAGCGAAGAGGCCGUCACUACUGCUUCACAGUCACAAUGGGCUGGCAAGCACCGCCCGCGAAAGCCACGAUAUUUCAACCGUGUUCAAAUGGGCUACGAGUGGAAUAAAUACAACCAGACCCAUUACGACCAUGACAACCCACCACCGAAGGUUGUGCAGGGUUACAAAUUCAACAUCUUCUACCCUGACCUCAUCGAUAAGACUAAGGCCCCCACAUACCGCAUUGAGCGAGAAGAUGGUCGCCGGCGAGGCCAAUCCUUUGCUGAGGCUGGAGAGGAGGAUACUUGCCUGAUUCGGUUCACCGCUGGGGCCCCCUAUGAAGAUAUCGCUUUUCGCAUUGUCGACAAGGAAUGGGAUUACAGUGCGAAGCGCGAACGAGGGUUCAAGAGUACCUUCGACAAGGGCAUUCUCCAACUCCACUUCCAGUUCAAGAGGAUCUAUUACCGGAAGUAA